AUGGAGGAGGAGGAGGAGGAGAAGGAGAAUGAAAACAACCAGCUGGCCUUCCUGGAUGUCCUCGUCUGCCGCAAAGAUUGUGGUGGCCUAAAAACCAAAGUGUUCAGGAAAGCGACAAAUACGACGCAAAUACUGAACUUUAAACGCAGUUGCGUAAGGACGCUACACCGGCGCGUUGAGACGCACUGCAGUGAAAUGGAAGACAGGGUUGUUGAAUUACAAUAUCUUCGACGGGUAAUGAGAGCCAAUGGUUACCCGCGCAACUUUGUCCACCAGGGCAUACGAAAACGACACCAGAGACCAAAUCCAACCGGCCCCAAAUUUUGGCGGGCUCUUCCAUACGUGAAAAACGUCUCGGAAGCCGUCAGUCGUCUUCUCACUCCACUUGGAGUUGGGGUUGCACACAGGCCGGAAGCAACCAUUUGGCGCCAAGUCAGGAGGCCAAAAGACCCGCUGCCACGUCUGGAGUCGUUUACCGGAUCUAGUGUAGUUGCGGACAAAGCAACUAUGUCGGAGAAACUGGGAGAUUACUCCGAACGCGAAUUGCCGAGCACACAGCAGCAGUGA